UUUCGAAGCCAAUUCUUGAGAAUAUUUGCAAGUAAUUGUAUUAUCAGAAUCUCCAGGGAGAUGAACAAGUUUGCAGUUGACUUUGGAAAAUAAAGUUUUGUUACAGUCCAUGGUAACUGCCUUUUUUUUUUAUUUGUUUCCGUCAACGGAAAUUCUUCUUUCCCUCGUCCGCGUCUCGGUCUCCCUCUCGCUCUCUCCGUGGAAACUUCCUCGAGAAUUAAAAGCCCCAGUCCGGCGAUCGUUUCCACCCCCAUUUAGAGGUUUCUACGGUUUCGUUCUCGAGAACAAAUCGAAGACUAGGGUUCGAUUUUUCGGAUGGCGAGCGGAGAUGGCGGCGGCGGAGCUGGCGGUGGGAGGGGGCGGAGGUGUGGCUGGGCGGUGGGGGCUCUGAUCGCCGUCCUCCUCGCCACGGCCGUGACGUCGAGGACCUCCCCCAAGAUCACCCUCUUCGGGAUCACCGACAAGCCCUGCGAAUGUUCCGAAUCGAGGAAAUACACGGGAAUGGUGGAGGAUUGUUGUUGUGAUUACGAAACUGUGGAUUCUCUGAACAAUGAAGUGCUGCAUCCUAUACUACAGGAACUUGUUGCCUCCCCAUUCUUUCGAUACUUUAAGGUUAAACUGUGGUGUGACUGCCCAUUCUGGCUUGAUGACGGGAUGUGCCGUCUUCGGGAUUGCAGUGUCUGUGAGUGUCCAGAUAGUGAGUUUCCAGAGCCAUUUAAGAAGCCCUUUCAAGGGCUUUCUGCCGAUGAUCUGAUCUGUCAGGAGGGAAAACCACAGGCUUCUGUCGAUCGUACACUAGAUAGAAAAGUUUUCAGAGGGUGGAUUGAAAUUGACAACCCAUGGACAUAUGAUGAUGAAACUGAUAAUGAGGAGAUGACAUAUGUGAACCUUCAGCUAAACCCUGAGCGCUACACUGGUUAUGCAGGUCCAUCAGCUAGGCGGAUAUGGCAAGCUAUUUACACUGAAAAUUGUCCAAAAUAUCCUUCAGGAGAAUUUUGCCAGGAGAAAAGAGUGUUAUACAAGCUGAUUUCAGGACUGCAUUCCUCAAUUUCAGUUCAUAUAGCAUCUGAUUAUCUUCUUGAUGAAGCUAGCAAUAUGUGGGGCCAAAAUCUUGACGUGUUUUAUGAACGUGUUUUGAGACACCCAGAUCGUGUCAGAAACUUGUACUUCACCUUUCUUUUUGUUCUCCGGGCAGUUACAAAGGCUGCAGAUUAUAUGGAGCAGGCUGAAUAUAACACGGGCAACUUACAAGAAGAUCUGAGAACGCAAUCAUUCGUGAGGCAGCUAGUCUAUAAUCCCAAGUUACAAGCUGCUUGCCCACUACCAUUUGAUGAAGCCAAACUCUGGCAAGGUGAAAGUGGGCCUGAACUGAAGCAGCAGAUCAAGAAGCAAUUUAGAAAUAUAAGUGCAUUGAUGGAUUGUGUUGGAUGUGAGAAAUGCCGCCUUUGGGGAAAGCUUCAAGUUCUUGGUCUUGGCACAGCACUGAAGAUUCUCUUUUCAGUCAAUGGCCAAAACCUCAUGAAUCAGCAUCUGCAGCUGCAACGAAAUGAAGUUAUUGCUUUGGUGAACCUUCUAAAUAGACUUUCAGAAUCUGUUAAACUUGUUCAUGAAAUGGGACCUUCUAUUGAGAAAAUCAUGGAAGGACAGUUUUCUCCACCUACACGCAAGAGUAGUUCGUAGCAAAGAAUAAUCUCUAGUCAUUCUUGGGCCGAGAACAUUAUAGUCUGACCUGUGUAAACGGCAUGUAUUAUUAAGCACAGCAUCGAAGUGGUAUAGAGAGCCAGUGGGCUGUGGAAUUACUGGGGACCUGAAUAAAUCCCCUAUUAUACUCCAAAUUAGAUCAACAGAUGAAGAUGCAAAAGUUCUUUCAGUGACUACCCUUCAGCUUUGAAGCUCGCUCAAAUGGCAUCACGGCUAACUUAACCAAAUAAUGCUACCUGCAUCUGAUUGUAUGAGUUGCAAAUAGAACUGCGCAUCAGUCACAAUUGUACUGUACUUGGAGAGUUGCAACUUUUGAUUUAUUGAGAAAAAUCUUUGCUGAUACCUGUCUAAUUUAUUUUUCA